GAUCUAAAUCUUCUUCUCUCGGACUGGAUUACCCUUUGAAGGUCUGGAAAUGCUUCUCAUCACUUGCUUCAUCUUUGGCCUUUUGGGCAGCCUUACCUGGGCAGAGGAUCCAAAGGCUCGGACUGCCUGCCCUUCUGGCAGCUUUGCCAAUAAAGAGCAAAGCCAGUGGUAUUGCUACAAGUUCUAUGAAGAUGUCUUCACCUUUCAAGAGGCUGAGGAAGAGUGUCAGUUCAAAUGCAAAGGUCAUUUAGCAUCUUUCACAAGUGACGCCCAGGCAAGAUAUGUCAACGCCUACAUCUCUAAAGAAAACCUAGAAAAGAAUUGGGUCUGGAUUGGGCUACAACGACUUCCAACAUCCGAUAUGAAUACUGGAUGGCGCUGGAACGAUGGGACACGAUCCAGUUAUACCAGGUGGCGCUCUGGAGACCCCAACAAUAUGGAUAAAAAUGAGUUUUGCGUUGCUCUCUCUCCUCAGACUGAGCACUUGAAAUGGGUUGAUAUAGACUGUAAUAAGAAACUUCCUUUUCUCUGCAAAUGGAGACCCGCUUAAGCCAAGUCUGCAGAUGGAGUUAGAGGGGCUCCCCACUGAUUGGAAAGCUGAGCUGAGAUCUUGCAGUUCCAUCUUCUUCAUGUGCAAAACCUCUUUUCCACAAAGACCAUCUGAACAUCAAGCAGUUGGUUCCUCUCUGUCCUCUAGACUUGCUUCUCUUCCCCUCUUUCUGAAGAACUUGCCCCCCCCCCUUGAUAAUAAAGUCUAUUGCUCUGC